UCGCGCCCGAGCACCGCGCCGUCAAGCAGUGGGCCGACUACAAGCCCUACGCGCUGUUCGUCGCCAUCAUCGACCAGCUCUACAAUGUCAUGUUCAAGACCGUAUCAGCGACAACUGUAGACCAAUGGCCAUUAAAACUAGCAGAAUACAUCAGACACAACGACGAGGCUAACGCCAAGGCAGCGGAGCGCAUAGUGACAACUUUAACGGACGAGCUCCUGCCUUGCGCGUCAUUCGCGGAGUUCUGCGACGCGGCCGGGUUCCUCGAGCUCAUCCCUGAUCCCGACGCGUUCCUGCAGGCACUCAUCGACGAGCAACCGUGAGGCCGGCUCCGCGUGCCGCACUGCCUCAGCUACAACGGAUGCAUGGCCUGCUAACCGUCGGCUAUAGGUAGUGAUCGUCAUGAAAUAUAGUGGUUUAAUCCAUAUCCAAAGUGCACGACAGAAUUCGGACUCACAUCAGUGUUAUGUGCUUGUAUCUACUGCUUUUAAAUUGAAUCCUAUAUCUCAUGUAACUGAAUCAAUAUGUAACUAGAAAUUGUAUUUAAUUAAAUUAUUCUACAUGUAUCCCUCGUACGCUUUGGUAGUUUGACAAUUCAAUAUAUUCGGUGUUUUGUUUGGUUAAUAAAUAGUUUCAGCUUCAAA